AUGGAACUAGCCUCAAUAAAGGACUUGGAAACGGAUCAAGCAAAAAUUUGCUUGGUUAAGGCAUUAAAGGAGUCCGUAUGUAAGACUCUUUUAGAAUUCGUGGAUAUUCAAAUCGAGUGUUUUAUGUAUCCCAACGAUCCAAAGCGUUUUACGAGAAUAUUCAAAGACAAUAAAAUGUUAAAUGAAACAUGCAAUAAAGAAGGUAAAGCAAAAAACUACCCAUUAUCAAUGGGUAUUGGACAUUCAGCCCUAUUUUCUUUGAUUUACAUAAGACAGAAAACAAACUCACUACGAUCGUUGAACGAACAGGAACGGUCCCCAACCGAGCUUGUUGAAGAUCUAAAUAACAAGCUAAAAAGCAUCGGCGAAGUCUAUAAUCACCUCAAUGAACUAUAUCAUUCUUACUUAAUGGUAAAGUACAAUAACAUAGGCCAUCAAAAACUACUGGGUGAUUUCGUCACCCAAAGUGACUUCAUGUUUGACAUCCUCCGCAGGUACGCUACGAUUACAUCUUCAGUAGCGAAGAGCAGCGAGAACAACAGCCGUCUGGUAGGUAUUACUAAUCAUUUCAUCGAAGAUACCAACGUAUUUUAUAAACGCAUAAUCAGUAAUUCCAACGCAUACGCGGAAUAUGAUCUCGUGAAACAUGGUGUAAAUAGAAAUUCUAGUGAAGAAACAUUAGUCGAACUUGAAUUCAAAAAACUGGACGUUUCAGGCAUGCAUCUCGACGAUGAAUUUGAUGAUUUCCUACAGAAUAGGAAAGAGUCUCUGAAAAUUACCCAUAGGAGAGUCAUAUAG